AUCUGAAGAUUUGUUCGACUGUCAACCAGGAAGCAGAGGAAAAUUACAAUUUUCAGACAAAAAUCUUAAAGAAAACAAAUUUGUGCGGUUCUUAUGCAAAUUGUUUAAAUUUUCAAUUAAAAAAAGUGUAUGCUAAAUAACUAAAAAUAUAGAUCUGUAGUUGAGUUGCUCUCGUAUCCACCGACUCGACAGAUUUUUCAGUGUUUAGCACAAGCGUCGUUGAAACAAGGGUGCGAGGCGCCAGCGCUAACAGCAACCGCAGUCAGUAUAGUAGCAAACAAAAAAGCACAACAUAAAUUAAAAAAUAUAUGAUUUGGACUGGUUCAAAAGCGGCAAAUAAAUGAAGAAUGGCCACAACACAGCAAUACUCGCUUCGUUGGAACAAUUACUUUCGACAUUUAACAUAUGCUCUGGACAAUCACCGCAACAACGAUGAUUUUGUUGAUGUGAGUUUGUGCUGCGAUGGACGAAAAAUCAAAGCACAUAAAGUGGUGCUUUCCUCCUGCAGCUCAUAUUUCAAAGAAAUAUUUAGGGAUAAUCCACAUCCGCAUCCAGUGAUAAUUUUCAAAUUCAUUAAAUUCGAAGAUCUCACCUCAAUAAUUGAGUUCAUGUACCAGGGAGAAGUUAAUGUACAGCAAGAAGCUUUGCAGUCCUUCCUACAAACCGCCGAAUUGCUUGCUGUGCAAGGUCUUACCUCCGAGGAGAAGGAGAAACCAAAGUUGCCUCCAACACCUAUCAUUGAUGAACAAAAACUUAUUAAAACCAUCCCCAGCACAAUAAGAGCCGUUAACGAUGUCGCGACCUCUACACAGACUACUCCGCAAACAAUCGAAAUAUCAACAGCGAACAUUUUGCAGCAACCGCAAUCUCAGCAACAGCAACAUACCACCACACAACAUCAUCAUGUACAAACACAAAUCCAACAUAUUCAGGUGCAGCAUCAACCACAGUCGCAUGUGCAAACACAGGUGCAGCAACAAACUGCAACACAUCAGUUGCAACACCAUCAACAUCAACAAUUGCAACAAACCCAUUUAGGUACGCUGCCAUCAACUAACACGAUCAAGAAGCGUAAAAUGACUUUCUCAGAUGAUGACGAUAACAUUUAUACAACAGAAGGUGUGGAUUAUGGUGUCAAAGAUGAUUCGACAAUUGUUAAAUCUCCAGAAAUGACAUUCCUGCGAGGCACCGUCAAAAUGGAUAUACCAGAAUAUAUUGUAAGUGAGGUGGAUGAUAGUGAGCAGUUAACCGACGGCAGCGCACAUCAUACAUCUCAAGAUGGUGGAGGAACGGGUACACAGAAUGUCACACAGUACACAUCCGAAUACGAAAUUUUAACAGAAUCAGAAAUAGAAGAAAAAUUUCAGGAAGCCGAUGCAGAAAACGCUGAGAUAACAAUUGAAAUGGGUCGGCUUUUAAAUCCCACGACGAGUACACCAUCAAAUACAACACCACAGACGACGUUGGAUGAGUCAGGCAGUGGUAUCACUAAUUCUGUAGUGAAAAUUGAUAACAAGGGCGGCGGAACUGCAGUCGAGGAUCACAAUUUAACAUGUAAAUUUUGUAAACGAAAACUACAAUCGAUGAAUGCGUUACGCCGUCACAUAACUUCGCGGCACUCGGAAAUUUCAGGAAAAGAAUAUGAGUGCACCAUCUGCAAUAAGUGUUUCAAAACAACAUGGUCGUUAUCAACGCAUAAUUCGCGCUUUCAUCGGGACAUGCGGGUGACAAAAGAAUGUAUCAAAAUGGAAUUUGAGGAAUGCACGUGAAGUGAAUAUCUAAGAAGACUUACAUAGGACACAUCCUAAUACAUACACGCUUAAGUAUGGAAAUCCAGCAUUAACUACUUGAAAGGGUAUACAUUUUUGUUUUUAAACCUAUUUAAAUUUUGGCUGAAAUACCUGCAAAAUCAAGUAACAUGUCAAAAAUCAUACAAGCAUUACCUUUACGUUUAAGAAACCCUAUGUUUCUUUGUGGUAAAUCAUAAGCGAAAAUACAAUGAAAAAAACAUUUGUGUUAAAACUAA